AUGAAUACUACAACUACUAAUAUGUUUAGUCAUUAUUAUUCUUUAUCUACAAUAUAUUCACAAAGUGUUCGCAAUGGUCUUAGUCAGUCUAUAUCAGAAGUUAAAAAUACUAUUGUAGAAUUAGAAAAAUUUAAUAUUGAAGAACUUCUUCGUUUUCGUUUAGCUCCUCGAACUGAAUCAUCAUCAAUUACAAAGCAAAAUAGCAAUGGUAACAAAACUAAUACUACUUUUACUGUUCGUUUAGAUAAACGAUUCAAUUCAGGUCUCUCGGGACGUGAAAAAACAACACAUUUUGGUUUGACUGAAUGUGCUCUAUUAAGAAUAGCAGCAAAUAAUCUCAAAUCAAUUUAUGGUUCUAUUCGUCUCGAUAAUUUAACUAAUAGUACCGAACUAUGUGAUGACGUUGAAACAAUAUUUAAUCAAAUUCAACAAGAAAGUCGUCGAUUAGGUAUUAGUCCGGUACUUCGUUCUGUUAUUGAUCUUGUGUGUACAUCUAAUAUACUUGUUAAUUCGAAAGAAUUUACUCCAUCGUCAUCUCAUUUUGACAAUGAAGCAUUUUGCUGA